CAGGCUCUUGGUGUCCUCCACCACUGCUGCUCCUACAAACAAGGAGGAAGGAACCUGGUGACCAUGAACUCAGCUCCCCGUGGCGUGCAGUCAGGGGACAGGGCCACCUGGUUUGGCCUCUACUACAACAUUUCCGGGGCUGGGUUCUUCCUGCAUCCCGUGGGGUUGGAACUUCUGGUAGACCACAAGGCUCUGGACCCUGCCCAGUGGACCAUCCAGAAGGUGUUCUUUCAAGGCCGCUACUAUGAGAGUCUGGCCCAGCUGGAGGAGCAGUUUGAGGCUGGCCAGGUGAAUGUGGUGGUGAUCCCAGACAAUGGCACAGGUGGGUCCUGGUCCCUGAAGUCCCAGGUGCCCCCGGGUCCAGCUCCCCCUCUGCAGUUCCAUCCUCAGGGCCCCCGCUUCAGUGUCCAGGGCAAUCAAGUGGCCUCCUCAUUGUGGACUUUCUCCUUUGGCCUCGGAGGUUUCAGUGGUCCUAGGAUCUUUGACAUCCGCUUCCAGGGGGAAAGAAUUGCGUAUGAAGUCAGUGUCCAGGAAGCCUUGGCCAUCUAUGGUGGAAAUUCUCCUUUGGCCUUGAGAGGCCGGUAUGCAGAUGCCAACUUUGGUUUGGGGUACUUUUCCACACCCCUGAGCCGUGGGGUGGACUGUCCCUAUCUGGCUACCUAUGUGGACUGGCACUUCCUUCUGGAGUCCCAAGCCCCCAAGACACUACACGAUGCCUUUUGUGUGUUUGAGCAGAACGAGGGCCUGCCCCUGAGGCGACACCACUCAGAUUUUCUUUCCCACUAUUUUGGGGGCGUUGUGGAGACAGUGCUGAUCUUCAGGUCUGUGUCCACGAUGCUCAACUAUGACUAUGUGUGGGAUAUGGUCUUCCACCCCAAUGGGGCCAUAGAAGUCAAAUUCCAUGCCACAGGCUACAUCGGCUCAGUGUUUCUCUUUGGUGCUGCCCGAAGAUAUGGAAACCAGGUUCGGGAGAACACACUGGGCACCGUCCACACCCACAGUGCCCACUACAAGGUGGAUCUGGAUGUAGGAGGAUUGGAGAACUGGGUCUGGGCUGAGGACAUGGCUUUUGUCCCCUCGGCAGUACCCUGGAGCCCCGAGCACCAGAUACAGAGGCUGCAGGUGACCCGGAAGCAGCUGGAGACAGAGGAGCAGGCCACCUUCCCCCUGGGAGGGGCCUCCCCUCGCUACCUGUACCUGGCCAGCAAGCAGAACAAUAAGUGGGGGCACCCUCGGGGCUACCGCAUCCAGACGGUCAGCUUUGCUGGGGGGCCACUGCCCCAGAACAGCUCCAUGGAGAGAGCCUUCAGCUGGGCAAGGUACCAGCUGGCCGUGACCCAGCGAAAGGAGGGGGAACCCAGCAGCACCAGCAUCUAUAAUUUGAACGACCCCUGGAGCCCCACCCUGGACUUCAGUGACUUCAUCAACAAUGAGACCAUUGCUGGGCAAGACUUGGUGGCCUGGGUGACAGCCGGUUUCCUGCACAUCCCACAUGCAGAGGACAUUCCCAACACCGUGACAGUGGGGAACGGUGUGGGCUUCUUCCUGCGACCCUACAACUUCUUUGACCAGGAGCCCUCCAUGGAUUCUGCUGACUCCAUCUACUUCCGGGAAGACCAGGAUGCUGGGUCCUGUGAGGUCAACUCCCUGGCUUGCCUGCCCCAGGUUGCUGCCUGUGCCCCUGACCUCCCUGCCUUCUCCCACGGGGGCUUCUCCCACAACCAGGUGGUUCUUGGAAUGGGGAAUGUGGCUGGGACCCCAGAGCCAGGGGUGGGGAUGGGGGGGGACGGGCCCUGAGCUGGGGAGCCUGGGUCCUCUUCUCUCUCCUCACACCCCGAGGUCCUCUCUCUCCCAUCGUCCUCCCUUGCCUCCCCCUCCCUGCUGGGAGCAUCCUGAAUCUGUGAUGCCUGAGACAGGAGCUUCUCAGCUCUGUGGACCCCAACCUGCUGGGUUCCUGUCACAGAAAGGAAAGGAAUUGCUAGUGAGGAUUCUGGAGUCACGGUUAUACUUUCCCCAGAAGACUAUUUUUUUAAAGUUUUCAAAAUCUUAUUCUUUAAAUAAGAUAUAAUUCAUAUACCAUGAAGUUCAUGCUUUUAACAUGUAUAAUUUAAUGGGUUUUAAUAUAGUCAUAAAGUUGCAUAACCAUGACUACUAUCUAAUUCUAGAACAUUUUCAUCACCUCAGAAAGCAACUCCAAAUUGUGUUAGCUAUACUUUCUAUUUUCCUCCAACGCCUUCCCAAUUCUAUGUAACCACUAAACCUUUCUGUCAUGACAAAGGUGCCUAGAUCCUGGAAAUUUCACAUAAAUAGAUUCAUGCAAUGA